GAUCUUGCACAUGUUCCUUGUAAAUUCUUCAAACAAGGUGCUUGUCAAGCUGGUUCUUCAUGUCCCUUUUCCCAUACAAUGGAUUCAACUGUGGAUACAGCUCCUUGCAAGUAUUUCCAAAAGGGAAAUUGCAAAUUUGGGUUGAAGUGUGCUUUAGCUCAUAUAUUACCAGAU